AUGAUGCUCCUUGAGAAAGAAAUGAACUCAUCGGAGCCCGGAUUCGAUUGGAUAUAUGUCGACGGGUCCCACGAGGCGGACGAUACACUUCUUGACGGAGAGCUCGCAUGGCGUUUGGCGAGGAAAGGAGCUAUCCUUGUCUUCGACGACUAUCACUGGACCAAGGAGCCGGAGGACAGCAUUCAUCAUCCAAAACGUGGAAUCGAUGCCCUUAUGUCGCUGCACCAGGGCGAAUAUCGCAUACUAUCUGCUCCGGAGCAAUAUCAGAUAAUUUUACAGAAGACAGUGGACAUGGGCAUUGAAUUUCUGGUGAAAGAUAAGGUCAACGAUGACAGCCUGAGCGAUGCGAUGGGCUAUAGGAUCCAUGUUGCAUAUGCCAUUGAUCACUCAUAUCUGAUGCCUGCAGCAGUGUCCGUUCGCAGCUUGGUGAAGCAUACGCCAGGGAGGGUCACGGUUUAUAUCGCGAAUCGUGGACUGACCGUCGAAAUGAAGCAAAAUCUGCAGCUCUCUCUUCCCCAACGCGAUAAUGUCACUGUUGUCUUCCUCGACAUUCCUGAACACGGCCUCGCUGCAGACAUGGGGAUGGGUUGGGCCAAGAUCGAUCUGAUACGAAUCCUUCCCGUCGAACGCGCCUUAUAUCUAGAUGCCGACACAUUCAUCAGGGCCGAUGUCAGGGAGCUGUGGAACGUGGAUCUGAAUGGAAAGGGCUUGGGCGCAGUGCGAGAUGUGGGGCUACCAAUGGGCCAUGAUGGAGUAGGCAGAUGCACGUACUUCAACGCUGGUGUCCUGCUCGUAGACUUGGCCCAAGUCCGUACACGAAUUGGAGAGUUAGAGGCAUUCGCUUGGAGGAUGCAGGAUUUCGCACACAAGGAUCAGGAUGCGCUGAAUGUUCACUUUCGUGAGCACAUUUGCGAGCUGCCACUCAGGUGGAAUGGACAGGGAUUGGGAACCUUAUGCAAAGGCCGCGUCCGUGGACCGUGA